GCUUCUUGCAAAAGCAUCAGUCCGUGCAAGGGACAGAGUGGGAGUAACUUCCAUGCAGUGCAGGGCUCCCAUCACAGAGAGCCCAGUUAGGAGCUCGCACCGCGGGGAUGACACACGCGAGCACUUUGUCAUUUGCCAGCCACUGCCCAUGGACGAGGCAGAUCGGGCCACUGAGCGAGUAACGUCCGGGGGCGAGGGGGUUAUUUGCUUUCUUGCAAUGGCUCCAGUGACAGAUCCGAACAAGUGGGAGCGACGCUGAUCUCCAUGGAGCCCCCUCCUGCCUCUGGCUGCUGCACCGGCUGCAGUGUGUGAAGCCGCCCCAGCCAGGACGGACCAUGAGGGGCGUCUUCGGCUUCAAGCGGCUGAGGCUGAAGAUCUGGAGGAGAUGCACGCUCCUGUUCUUCCUCUGCUGGGCUGCCUGCUGGCUGCUGGGCAGCACGUUCCUCUUCCUUGUCCACAGGAGCGUCUUCUCCGAGCGCUGCACGGACGAGAAAAGCCACGGGAUCCUGGCGAGGCUGUGUCUUGACUACAGCAAAGGAGCCCUGACUGGCGACCUUUGUGAAGACUUGUGUGUGGCACAGAAGCUGGUGUACAAACAGUGCCUUUACUAUGACAGAGGUAAGAAGGUCAUCCAGGCGGACUGGAAAGGCCAGCCAGUCAUCUUGAAAUCCAAAAAGGAAAUCUUCUCUAGCUACCAGCGCCUCAGAUUGCUUGAUGAAGUGGAAACACAGGAUGUUCCUGAGACAGAGCUUCUGCUGAUGGUAGCUUUGGAGGUCAAAAAUGUCCUGGGUCUGGAAUUAUCUAACAACACCAUGGGACCCUUAUGGACUAGGAGGAGAGAUCUGCAUUGGAAAGCACAAGUGGCCAGCAUGUGGUCCUUACUCCAGCAGGAAGAAUAUAUCUACUUCAGUCUACUGCAGGACUUCAGCAAACAUGUCCUACGAGUCAUCGGCUCCUGUGGCCACUUCUAUGCUGUGGAGUAUCUCACAGCCGGACAUGCCUGGCACAAAACUAUUUUUCCUUUGGAGGAUGCAGUUGGUCCCUCCUUCACUGGCACUAAACGCAAGGUGAAGGCAAUAACUGACAUUGCACUCAGCUUCCUAGAUAUGGUGAAUCAUUUUGAUAAUGAUUUCUCUCACCGGCUUCACCUGUGCGAUAUCAAACCAGAGAAUUUUGCUAUCAGAAAUGAUCUCACGGUGGUCGCCAUUGAUGUGGAUAUGGCCUUUUUUGAACCUAAAAUGAGGGACAUCCUUGAACAGAAUUGCACAGAAGAUGAAGACUGUAAUUUUUUCGAUUGCUUUUCGAAGUGUGACCUGAGAAUCAGAAAAUGUGGAGCAGAGAGGGCCAACAACAACCUGCAAGUCAUCUGUGACAAAAUAUUCCGUCACUGGUUUUCUCCAAAUCUCAGGGGACACACAAUUUCCUUCCCUCUGCAGUUGCAGUUGCAAAAGGCUGUUCAUGAAUGUGCCAAACCAGAGCCCAAGGACUUGACACAACACCAGCAAACGUCUCUGCAUUCUCUGUCUGAGUUAUACCAUUUGCUGCAAGCCAGUCAAAGAGAACUUCAAAAAGCAGAUGGUUAGCCUGGUGAAAACGAAUGGUAACGAUGAUAUAUAAUCAUCAUCAUGGCCAGCAGUCUCUCUCUCUCUCUCUCUCUCUCUGCUCCUAUCCAUUGUAUUAUUUUUUACAGUGUAUAGCUUAUUUUUUUUACUAUGAAAAUGAAAUUCAUGAUUGAAGAUGCAGUGAAUGUUAUUAAUCCCCUCUGAGGUGUGAAAUUGUUUUACAUUAUAUGGACACUAUUCUUGCUUGGCUUUUUGAAGUCACAUUGGCUCUCCGCAGUGACAUUCUGCCAUUGGUUGCCCAUAGAGUUGUGGUCUCCUGCAGAAAAACAUCCAUCUGAGAGCUGACCCCAGGCUGAUGAGAUAUUUAUCUCUGGAUGGUGCUUUGAAAAUGAAAGGUGUAAAUGCUUAGCAGAACUAAUAUUAAUUUAAAAGAGAGGCACGAGGUGUCCUUUUAUUUCACCGCAGAGUGCGGGACUGGUAGGCAGGGUUCAGGACAGAGAACUCUGCACAAACAGACAGCUUCUGCCAGUAGGGAAGACACAUGGCUGCUUUUGUAUAGACAUCUGCUGCUGAUGAUCUCAAAGGCAUUGCCUUUCUUUAUUUUAUGCAACUAGACCCCUAGCCGACACUGCUGAAAGAAAAUACAUCAAGAUGCUUAGGGAUUGUCUAAACAGAGAAAUUUACCAACAUAAUCAUAGUGGUAAAAUUAUACUGCUAUAGUUAUACUGGUAUAACUCCUCAUGUGAACACUCUUAUUUCUUUUCUGGUUUAGUUUAUCUCAUUUUGGGAGAGGUAGAUGGGACACUUUAGCAGGCCACAGUGUAGUGUAUCAUUUCCUUCCCUUCACAAUCAUGGAAGGGAUUGUGGAAAAGAGCAGGGAAUACUGAUGGCUUUUAUUUAGUACGUGCAAAUUUUGGGGGGCUUUAUGGUGAUAUUUUAGUAACAAAAGGAAUUUUGCAUGAGAAGUCAUGAUCUGCAGUCAAUGGGACCAGUUAUAUGAACAGGGAUUGCAGGAUUAGGAAUUUAAUGCUGAUUUCCAAAGUUCUCUAGCUGUCGAGAGUCUAACAGACAAGUUUAGAAGCUGUCUCAGUUUUGUACUGGUGCUAUGCCUGUCUGCCAUUGCUGGCAGAUUAUGGGACUGCAUAAAUGAGGCAGAAUCCUUAAAAACAAACAUUUCACAUUUUUUACUAAAAUAUCAUCAGAUGGGACUCUCUAGUUUUGAAUCUGGCAGUGCUGCGUUGGGAGCAUAUAAUAGCACUUGGGGCUUGUCUAUAUGAACACUUUGAGGGCUGUUUAUACUGAAAAGUUAAAGAGGCAUUCCUGAGAGAUGUAGUUAAGCUGACCUAACCCCCGGUGUAGGCAGGAAGAAUUCUUUUGUCAACCUAGUUACUGCCUCUCGGGGAGGUGGAUUAUCUACAGUGAUAGGAGAACCCUUCCCAUCGCUGUUAUGUCUACAAUGAAGCAUUACAAUGGUGCAGCAGCUGUGCCACUGCAGCGUGUUAAGUGUAGACAUACCCUUAAUGCACAGCAGACUAAUGUGGGAUAGAUGUACACCCCAGUAUUUUUCCUCUUUGAAACUGCUUUACAAACAUUAGUCUUCACAACAGCCCUGAAGCUUGCCAGCUGAACUAUUUUAUCCAUAGGCCUUGUCUAGCUAGUAAAUAAGUGUUCUUUUUAAAUAGUGUUAGCUCACGUGAUUUUAAACACCUCUUAGCACCUAAAAAUGCAUUAAGUGGUUAGGAGAAGUCUAGGAUUCCUCAUGACCAGCUAACAUAUUCAUAAGGGUGUUAAAUCAUGUCUAUACUAGGUGCUAAAUCAUGUAAAUCCUAAGUAGUGUUUCAAAUUAUGUUAGGUUUUACACCAGAGAGAAUGAGGUUAAAGAACUUGCCCAGGGCAAGGCCAGGGAAUGGAGCCAGGAUUAGAACUCAGAAAUCCUUGGCUGGUAAAACUUUGCUUAAUCCACAACUUUUUCUAAGAGAUCAAACUGACAUUUU